CGAGGGACUCAUCAAGGCGAUUGAUUUUUGCAUUCCAUGUAGCUCGUCUUCCCACGAAUCUUGGCUUUGCCGUCGCGUCAACUUUCUUCUUUUCUCUCACCUGCUGCGGGCCAAUCGAUCGAAUCUGUAGCCCGUCCUCUAUUAUGCCCCGUUUUGAUUCAGUCUGCACUUGUGUCGCAGACGCCGACCUUUGAGAUUGGCUAAAGAGUGACUGGCCCAGUGACCUGUCUUAACCCACUCGUAUUUCUCUCUCGUUCGUUUAUUUACACAUUUUCCGACUUAAUUUUGCCGCAUCCUCAGCUCAUUUGUCGCUCUGACACCAAAAAUCAAACUCGAUGAGAGAUGUUGCUUCGAGUGGACCUCUGGAUAUUGUGAAAAGAGCUGGAGAUGGCUCCAGUGCGAAACAGGGAAAAUGUUAGUGACCAUUUGAUCACGUCAUGGGAGCAAUUUGUCCAGGCCAAAAGCUCAACCAACGAGGUAAAAACACAAUGGACUGAAAUAUUCCUCAUCGAGCUGCUGACAGCCUACAAAAACCGCACUGACGAUAAUUUCAAUGAGCUGUUGCUUUCUUUCUGUGUUCCCAGCCUGGCUGGCACCCUAAUCAGCUGUGAACUGCUGACUGAUGUGCACCAGCUUUGCCAGCAACAGCCCGGUGGUGCUAAUGACGACACAAGGCCGCUGCAAAGGUACCUUCUGCAAGGCCGGGGCACCAAGUGUCUCUUGGCCCUCAACCUCUUGGGCACACAGGGAAUUUCUUGUGGCCGUGAACUUGCCGGCCUGCUCGUCUCGCUGUACCCCAUUUGCCUCCAUGACCCAAUUAAAAGCGCUGAAGCCUCGCAGACGUGCCCCUUUCUGGUGGACGAACAGCCUGUUGAGUUUGAAGCUGUUUUCAACUACAAACAAAGCCACUCCCAAAAGAACUGGACCACAGGUAGCAUGCAGGCGCGUCACUCGACCGCCAGCUCAACUGCAAGCAGCUCAGCCAGAUUCAGACGGAAGCGGUCAUCUUGUGGCUCAUUUCAGCAACCAUCUGCCUCCAGUGACUCGGACAACGAUUUUCAAGAUAAGGACGGGGAUUCUCCAGUGAUAGCACCAACGCUGCGUAUCCAUUUGAACCCUAUGGACUUUGACUAUUUUACAUCGGUCGUUCGGAGUGACGAUGAACUCGAGAGAACUAAAUCGGCAAAAAAGAGUGUUGACCCCAACGAUUUUUAUUCUGACGAGACUAAAGCUGCUGAAAACGCAGAACUGAGUUCUUUCCAGUUUUGUCAGUUGCUCAUUGACUUGAUCAGAAAACUAUGUUUGUCAGAACCGAUGGACUCGAACAAUCAGACUUCUGUCCAGGCUAUCGGAUUUGCCCUUGAGCAUCUGUGCUCGGUGCAAUUUGGCGCCGUAUCUUAUGGCGCUAAAGACUUGGACUAUGAUAUCAAGCGUUCCUUGGCUGGCCUUUUGGUGACUGCUUUUUCCCGAGUGGCCAGUGCACAUGAGUCUAGCAGUACCAUCAUGCACAACGGCACCAUUCCUCUGCUUGUGCGCGUCUUAGAGGAUGCUGUGCGCAAAAGCGUCGGAGAAGAAGCGCUGGACGAAAGCAACCUGACCAAGAGCCGCGACUUCAUAUAUGGCUGCAUCCACGCAAUAUUGUGCUUAUUCUAUUCCACCAUUCAGCAACAUGAGAGAUCAAAAGAGUUUGUGGAAAUAUUCAGGCCUUUUUCAGACAGUCUGGGUGGUCGCUUGUUUGAAAAUAUUGUUGCUCUCUUCCUCACUUCAGAGAGACAAGUGGACAUUGGCCGAGCAAAGAAACUCAUCAGUCUUGUUGGUUUGCUAAUUGCUAUGCUUAAAAAGGUGCGUUCCGAUUUUGUUCACUCGCACCUGUGCAAAAGGCCAAGACACAAACAGUGCAUCACGGCUGAGCGGCACCACCACCAUGACCUCAUGGGCCAGUCCUACAAUCCAUUGUCCUCAUCGUGCUGCAUCACCACCCUCUUCAUGGUGCUAACUAGGGUUGCUCAGAACUGUGGUGACUUUGAGGUUGAAAUGAGGGCACUAAAGGUGAUGACCCACUGUGGCUCGUGCUGCUGCCAACCUCCGAGAGCCCUUUUACUUCCAAUGCUUGAACUGGUUUCUAGAAACAAUUUCAAGUUGAGCAGUGUUGCUCUUGGACUACUAGAAAAGGUCUUAUACUCUGAGCUUGGAAGUUCAGCCGGAAUAUCAACGUCUUGUUCAAUUUGCGGCUCAAAAAUGCUUCAACUUUUACUGUCUCCAGCAGGGUUUUCAACAGACAACUCUUCCACAUCUACACUUCAAGAGUCGGCAGUGUCAUUGCUUGAAGAGAGCACCAUGAGCAAUUGGUCAUGUCUCGAAUCCUACAGAGACCUGCUUGAAUCUCAAGAUUUGCAAAUCUGCUUCAUUAUCAUAGAGCACCUAUUCAAAGUCAUUCCAAAUACAAGCAACGUGGUUAAGAGAGAACUGCUGUUCAAAGUUUUCUUUCCAACGUUCCUCAGCCAGAAGAACAAAUAUUUAGAAGAUCCUGAUGACGAAGUUGGCCAGUUUCUCCUGACAUGUUGCCUAUCAGUGUUUUCCUCUCAGCUGUGUAAUGUGGCUUUUGCCGAAGAAUUCAUCAACAGAGGAGGUCUGGAUAAUAUCCUUGAACUGAUUACAAUCCCUACUUUCUCAAAGCUGUGCUGCUCCAUCCUGGAGGUGACAAUUAUCAUUGAACUAUGGAGGAAUACAAAUGAGCCCUCGGAGGACAGGGGAAACUUGUCGUCUUUGGAUAUGCUGCAAACAUCUCUAGAAAAUUCAACUGGCAUUUUAAUUAACUCGCUGCAAAAAAUCUCAUUAAAACAACAGAAGAGGGACAGAUUCAUGCAUGGCAGCAUAGAGAGUGAUAGUGGUUGUCCUACUGAGACCACAGACUCGUCCGAAGCUCAAGGGAAUGAUAUUCCAACUCCUAACAGGAAACAGUUUUUGCAGCAGAUUAGCUCAGCAGCUAUAUUCUGGCGUUCAUGUGCAAGUCUCACUGCAUGCAGCCCGGAAUUUAGGUAUCACUUGGCCAAUCAUGAACUCGCAACACAAGCCACAAAGCUUCUACACCUAAUUGUAACCCAGGCAGUAAGGGGACCAAGUGAAGAAGAUGAUUUUCACAAGGGCUCCGAGUUUUACUUUGUGGUGCGUCUGCUAGAGGCUCUAGUGACUGUCUGUCUUGGGAUUUCUAAUUCCAUCAACUCUAACAGUAGUGCUUCCGAUGGGGACGAGCAGGAUGUCUUAAGUUCUAUCAGACAAGCUAUCCUUGUGCUAAAACCUAGAGGGCGGACACAUGUUCAGGCUAUUUGCGACAUGCUCCUCCGUUGUGCUGCUACUCACUUUUUUGACCAACAAGUAUUACCAGCAAGGAGCAAACCCGAGUUGCCUACUUUGCCACCAAUUCUACUCGAUUUAACUCCACCACCUACUAACAAUGCUGAUUCGGAAGAAGCUGAAGGCUCUUCCAUUGACAACUCGUACCUGACAGCAGAUGAAGGCUAUGAGGCGGACAUCGAAGUUGCUGAGUAUUUGUCGGAGGUUACUGAAGACACAGCCAUGAACAUUGAAAGUCGACUAUCCUUAAGUUUCAUCCUUCCCCAACAGUCGGUCAAAAGCAACUCCUUCAGCAAACCAGAACUGUGUUGCUUGGUGGUGUCGUUAUUGGUUCAACUUCAUGAAAAUUCCGAGGACGAGCUCAACCCUAGUUUAGUGCACGCAUUGCAGAAACUGACAUCUGUUUGUCGUGACAGUCCUCAAAACUGCAUAACCCUAACCAACCAUGGAGUCAUUGCUUCACUUCUGUCAGGUUUUUCAAAAUGCUUGAAAGUGAGAGAUCCAGACAAGGCCGAGUUGCAACAAGUUAUUUUGGAGUUGGUUUCAAUUUUGGCAAGAUACAGCAUUACACCAAAGGAGCUCUCUCUGUAUUUGAGCUUUUUUAAAUCGGAGGAACCUCCGUGUGACAUUCUGCUGGCUCCACUUACCAAUUUGGCAGCCCAAACACGACCACAGCCCCACUUCAUACUCUGCUUUCCUGCUGAAUCAGACUGCAGUGUUCAUGAAAUUCCAGCCAUGGCUAAAGAAGCUGAGCGCCUUUCUUAUGACAUGCAUUCAAAGCACAUCAAAUUGGGACUAAACUCUUCUUGGGCCUCCACUGCAGUUGCUCUGCCUUUAAAUAUGUCUGUUGGCUGGGCCAUGUGGACUCAGGGCUUCUCAGCUGCACUAUGGCUGAGAACCGAAUGCGCCGUCGUAGAAAUUCCAGUCAUCUCUGCCACUCCUCGUAACUCAAACGCAAGCUGCACCAGUGGCUCGUUAAUCUCAGAUUGGAAUAACGCUUUGUUCGCUGGGUCAUCAAGAUCUUCACUAACAGACAGCAUGAAAUCGGCCCAAUCGAUCCAAAGUCUUGUUCACCUGUUUUCCCUGGGAGGAGAAUCUCUAACUUUGGAGUUCUGGGCUGAUGCAGCAUCUGAGCUGUUGUGUUUACGACUUUGUCGCUGCGACAAUAAUUAUGAGAUUCUUGCGGAGACUGUGAUAAAUCAUUUCCUGCCCAAAGGCAAUUGGCAUCACUUAGCUGUCAAUGUCAGAGACUUCAUGCAACACAAAAAGACCAUUGUUGAAGUCACACUCUUCUUAGACGGUUGGAAGGAGAUGACAGUCCACCUUCGGUUUACUGGGCUUCUAGUGAGAAAAAGUCGACCCACCUGUCUCUUGCUUGGCCAUGUUGCAAGUUCAGUGAACAGACAGAUUGGCAGGUGGUACUUCGGUGGUCUGAUGCUGUUCAGAAACUCUGUUUUCACAAGAGAAAGAGCUAUGUACAUGGCAGGGCUAGGCCCAAAUAUUACAAAUUUGACUGAGUGUGAAGCAAAUAAGCCUAAACCGAAUUUUUCACAACUAUUCAAUUCUAAGACUGUCAACUGUGGUUUGAAUUGGGACCUUGUUCUUGAAGGUCCCUGCAGCAAUCUGAAAGCUAUGCAGGAAAAUUUGCUGCUCACAUAUUCUGCACAGAACUGUCAAGUUGUUCACAUUUACCCUCAAGUUGUCACAAAUGCAACAGGUUCCUUAUUCCCGCCCACUGCAUCUGGAUUUCGGGUGGUAGCAACUGAGCAAAGGGCAAGUCAACAAGUACCACUUACAGCAAGCCCUGUGUUUUUGGUUUCGCCUAACAAAACAUUUGAACCGCAGCAGUUCAAGGGUCUUGCCGCAGCUUCAUCUCUUCUGGGUGGUAUUCAGGUGUUUCUCGUGCUCUUUGCUAGAGUUGUUGAACUUGGAGGCUCGGAGACGGAACAAGCCCAAGCUGUUUCCCUUCUUUUGCGUCUAGCCCAGGGUGAAGCUGAACUUUUCACUCAACUAUCAGAAUGUCACAAAUUGCUGCUGCAAGUCCUUGAAUCACCUCAAUGCAAAGCAGGGCCCCACGUUCUAAAGUCCUGUUUAGAUGCUUGCACGGAUAGAUCUCUGAUGCCCCUGCAGCUCCCAGGAGGAGACAUCGCAGUCAGCCACAUAUCUGACGCCAUUGUAAUCAACUCAUUCUUGCUUGCAACUACAGUGAAGGCUUGGAGGGCAUGGGAUUCUAGCGCGUUGAGCUGUCUCUUCAGGUCUCUCCACGCUCUUCUUCGAGAUGACCACCCAUUCCGAGAGUUCAAUGCUGCGCAGAUGAAUAGAGUUCGUUUAGUCGAGACUUUGCUCAUGUUUUGCAAGGAAAAGUUUCUCUAUGAAGAAAAAGAGGACUGUAAAGCUCCAAUGCCCCCUGAUGUAAGCUGCUCUGUGGUAGAGCUUGUCAGGUCUCUGAUGGGGGCGCCCCCGGAGUUUUCCCACAUAGUCGCAGUUGCCGACUUUCUUCUGCUGGUGCAUCGAGCUAGUGCCACGUAUGUCAGUCAUGCGAGAUCAAAUUUCUAUUUUCUGCUGGCUACUGAUGAUUUCAACAAACAAUUUGCUUUGGAGCUGGAGAGGAAAAGAGCAAAGAACGAAUCGUACCAGCCUGUUGAUCCAUCGAAAUUGAACAAAGCCUUGGCAAAUCUUCAAAUAAAGCAAAACGACAUGGACAGCGACGGUGAGCUAGACAGCAAUAGAUUUGUGGAGGAGCAGCAGCAGUUUAUUUCGGAUCAAAACUCCUCUGAGGAUAUGGCCGACAUGAGCAGCAUUGGCUUCAGCAAUGAUUCCGGGCUCUCUUUUUACCCCAAUAUGCCAGAAGAUGAAGAAGGAAGAAUUUCAGCAUUGAAAAAUAACAAGAGCAACUGGGAGAAGUUCAAUGCAGAAGCUGGCUUAAAGGAAAAUGAUAUUGAAGGGGAAAAAGCAAACUGCCAGUUUAUUGUUGUGGAGGGUCUUCUUCUCCUUCUUAGGGAUACAAUCUUGGUCUUACCCGACAGCAUGAGCCAACAAGUGUUAAAUCACGUUGUUCGUCCCGACAUGCUGCUGGCCAUGGCUAACCAUGCUGACUCUAGAGUCAGGACAGCAGUUGUUCGUGUGCUAUCAGCCUACUUGCAAAGAGCAACUGAUGAGGAGAUCAACAAAUUUUUAAAAAUGAAGGGAUUUUACUUGCUGGCAAAUCAACUCAGUCAGUUUGAGGCAACAGCAGAGCUUGUUGAAGCAUGCAUUGCACUUAUCACUAGAUGCCAAGUGAGCCUGGAAGAACAAACGGAACUCUGGUCGCUGAAGGACAUGACACCUCUUCAAUUUGCCAGCUUCCCACCUCUCCUCUCUUUGCUACCAAGAUCAGUUUGUGACACUGCUUUGUGCCACAACAUUGUUUUUUUCUUGAGAGAAAUUCUGACAAAGGUUCAAAAUUCAUACAAAGGUCUUUUAGAAUGUGGACUAUUAGAGACAAUGGGUCACACAUUAUUGGCUGUUGCUCACUUGUCUCCUGAUCACAGUGACUUGUGUGGGGUGUCUGAGCAAGAUUUAAUAAUUGGUGACAUCUUCGUCUUUUUUGUGACAAUCAUUGGAAGAGCUAUCGGCCAGCCUGGCUCCACAAACCUUCAAGUUAUUUUGGACCUGCUUCUGCAGAUUGGUUACUUGGAAAAGCAAGAAAGGCUGAGGUGCGGGUGGCCUUCGCGCUGUGCGCAAACCAUGAGAGACGCACAGAGUGCUGUUUUGGAAGGUGCUUUGGAAAGAUUGCAAGAAAGAGGAUCAUCUGCCUGUAUGAGUGCAACAAGUUCCAAAACAAGAAACUCGGCAACCAUUCUAGCCAGCAUGCUAUCUGCAAGCAAUGAUGAUUUGCCCACAGCAUUUGGAACUGUCAGUGCCCAGCAAGUACUUACACUAAGUGGCCAGUUAAAAGAUGUUCCUCGUGGAGAAAUCAACGAGCGCUUUAAACUCCUUAUUCAGAAAUCUGUGGAGUUCUUAACAGGUGUUGAGCCCCUAAAUGGUGUUUAUAAAGUGAGUGAGUCUGAGAAUGGAUUUGCUCGCUCUUUGCUUGUUCUGUUAAUCAGAGCUCUUGCUUCAACCCUUGAAAAGCAGCCGCGGCCUGCAGCGCGGACUGCAUGGCAAGGGGCUGUGUGGGCAGCGAGGGAUACAAUUAGGGUGCUUUUGGGUCAGUUGGCUGGGUUUAUGAUGUCGCCUCGUCAGCCAGUGCGAAUAAGAAUGUUUGUUGUCGCAACUCUGCAUGGAGAGAUCAAAUGUCGAGAAGUUUUGACUACUCUCCUACAGUUAAAUACUCAAGUGGAACACAGGUUUUCAGUAUUUUUGAGAGACCUCCUGAUGCCUCACAGGGGAUUGCCUCUAACUUCAUCAGAUAUCAAAGUCUGUGAAACUUUGAUAUCCAAAAUGACCACCUGGGGUGUCAUCAGUGUAAAAAAUACCCCAUCAGACCCAGUGCUUUGGUCGGAAGAGUUGGCUUUAUUCCACGAAGAGAUUGAUAGGUUAAGGCAAACCAGUGGCAAACAGCAAGAGAUUUCUCAAAGGAGAGCUGUUACAAAGUUAGAAGAAAUGGCCAAAGCAGUGGCAGAGUCUGCCAUGGUCACUACAAGAGCUGCCGUAGAAGCACAAAAUGCUGAGAGAAAAGCCUUCAUGGAGCACAUCAAAGCAUCAACAAGUGAGAGUGUCCAUUUGCGAGCUCAGUGGCACAGCAUUGUGCAGCAGCUAACUCAUGAAAAGGCAGUCUGGUUUUUCCCUGAAUCAUACCCAGGGUCUUGGCAACUUGACCCAACAGAAGGACCGUCCCGAGUUAGAAAAAGGCUCCAACGAUGCCACUUGGGAAUCAAGGAUCGGUACUUUAUGCCUGAAUUCAGACAGAAAUUAGUAGAAUCAGUUGACAAGCCAUCAACUCUAAGUUUUCUUUUUGAUAUUGACGGAAAAGGCAGUUCCUCUGUGCUAAUUGAGCGGCUUCACACCAACGAGAAAAUCAGAUACAUGACGACAGUCCAAGUAGUCACACCUGCGCAGGAAGUGUCUGGAGAAAUGUUGGUUGGCGAGACGUGCCUCUACUUUGUGUCCGACGACAUUGACGCAACCUUAGAAGUCUCCUCCAUGGCCUGGCAGUUUGAGGACGUCCGAGAAAUCCAUCAAAGGAGAUUCCAGCUACAGGAACGGGCAGUUGAAAUUUUCCUCGCAAACGGAAGAACUUAUUUAUUGGCCUUGCAAUCCUCUAAGCAACGAGAUGAAUUUUUGCAGGUGAUUUCUCAGUGCCUCUUCCCAAACCUUCUUCCAGCUGAAAACCUGAACAGCAUCAUGCAAUUAUGGCGUGAUGGCUUGCUUUCCAACUUUGAGUACCUCAUACAGCUAAAUAAAAUGGCUGGACGCAGCUUUAACGAUCUAAUGCAGUACCCCGUUUUCCCCUUUGUCCUGUCUGACUACGUCAGUCCUCGACUUGAUCUUGCCAGCACCACUAUUUACCGCAACUUUGAAAAACCCAUGGCCGUCCAGGACAAGAAAAACGAGCAGCAUUACAUUGACACCUACAAUUACCUGAAACAAGAGUUGCAGGGAGGUCUCAGCACCAUUUCCCUCAAUCACGAACCCUUCCACUAUGGCUCUCACUACUCCAAUUCAGGCACUAUUCUGCACUUCCUUGUGCGGAUGCCACCCUUUACAAAGAUGUUCCUUUCCUACCAAGACAACAAUUUUGAUAUUCCUGACCGUACCUUCCAUGCUUUGAAAACAACGUGGCGAUUGACAAGCUCGGACUCAACGACUGAUGUCAAGGAGCUGAUACCUGAAUUUUUCUUUCUGCCAGAGUUCCUGCUCAAUUCUGAGGGAUUCAGUUUGGGCAUUCGACAGAAUGGAGAGCGUGUCAACCACGUGCAGCUACCUCCGUGGUGUGAAGGCAGUCCUCGAAGCUUUAUUUUAGCUCACAGACAGGCACUCGAGUCUGAUUAUGUGCGUGAAAAUCUUCCUCACUGGAUUGACCUUGUAUUUGGAUGUAAACAGACUGGAAAGGCAGCUGUAGACGCUAUCAAUGUUUUCCACCCUGCCACCUACAUCGGCUUUGACGUGACCAGUAUUAAAGACCCCUUGGAGAGGUUGGCUUGGGAGACAAUGGUGCGCACUUAUGGCCAAACGCCACGGCAGCUUUUCAAGGCACCUCACCCCAUGAUCGUCCAAUCGCUUUCCAGUAAGGAUUCAAAAAAAGGCAACUUCAGCUUUACACCUCCGUUCAACGGUGCCGUCCAAAGUCUACGCUGGGGCAGCUAUGUGGGUUCGCCUGCCGAGGGAGAACCCAAAGUUGCUUGGAAACAUACACACAGAACCCCUGUCAGCGGGCUGGUUCCUCUCAGGUCGAAUGAUGUGUUUGGUUUGGCUCCCUGCACAUCCUUGCUGCUGGCACACCAGGGUGGAAGAGGCAGCCUCUUGGGCACACCAAACGUUCUGGGCGCCGCUCUUAUUUCCUGGGGGCACUCGGACGGAGUGAUUCGCGCCAAAAUGCGCAAGGAGCAGCCUCCCGUCCCUCUAAUCCAAACUCCCUGCCUAGACCCAGUUGUAAUGUGUGCAAGCACCCCUGAUCUUCCGCAACUUUGGAUAUCCUUGUCAUCGGGGCGAAUUCUGGUUAUGCGUUUCAACUUUCAACCUGCCAAAAGUCAGCUUGACCCAAAAAAAGAAAUGGUGCAGCUACUGGGGCACCAAGGACCAGUUCUGAGUCUUGCUUUGUGCACUGCGUACAGCGUGGCCGUGUCCGGAAGCCAAGACGGCAGUGCCAUCAUUUGGGAUUUGAACACGCUAUCAUAUGUGAGGACAAUUGAAAACUUUGGUGGACCUGUGCAGAAAGUAGCUGUCAGCGACGUGUCCGGAGAUAUUGUCCUGUCUGGCCCUCAAACGACAUUAGUUGACACAAAACCUGGUUCAGUCCUGCGCCUUUACACAGUCAAUGCCAGACUUGUAGGGUCGAUAUCUUGUGAAGAACAGAUCACAGCACUUUGCUUCUCGUGUGCGCAGGAAGGAUUAGCAGUUAAUGCUGUAGCAGCUGGGCUUGCUUCCGGUGAAAUCAGACUUUGGAAUGCUUGGGACCUUGCACCACUGAGGAAAAUUACCAGUGAAUACAUCAACACCUCUAUAAUUGACUUGGUAUUUUCUUUUGAUGCACAGCAUCUAUAUGCCACAGCUAUGGAUGGAACUGUCGUCAUUUGGGAAGCAUCAGGCACAAGAGGCAAGACAGCUAAAUUCCUGAACUUGACCUCCCUUUAGAUCAAUUAUUUGGAAAUGUGUUCAAAAUUCAUAAUAUGCUCUCUUUAGCUUUAAUUUUGCACUUAAUUAGUUAAAGACAAACUACCAAGGGCAGAUGGCUUGCUAUAUUUUAUUUCUAUAACUUGUGAUUUGUGUUUCUUAAGCAACUUGAACUAGUUAAUUGCAUUUUUAGUUUCUAUCUGAUGUGCCAUUUUCACAUUUCUUUGUAGUACUAUCAAUAAGAUCAUAUAAAUGUAAUUGUUGUUUGUAUUUCUUAUAUUAUAAUUUUUGUUGCUAUUUACUAAAUUUAUAUUGUUCCAUUAAGUUAUUCCAAGGGAAUUAUUAUAUUAUUUUCAAUUUUGACUGCUGAGUUAAAUCAAAUAUUAAAAUAUUUUCCCAAGUAUAAUCUGCCCAGUGUGUAAAAAAUCAACUUCCUGCAUCAAAAUGAUCAGAUCAAUUAUGUAAACUCUACAAUUAGCUUAUUAAUCAUCUAUAAGGUUAAUUCACUUAUCAACCCAACUCGCUGUUUAUUGUGGAAAUCUAUUUCAUAUUAUUUUUUGAUCAAACUUACUGCAUGAAAAUUUUAUUUUUGCAAAAUGAUGAAUGUGUGAUAAGCCUGAACGAGCAACCUUCGGAAUAAAUCAUUUCUGUGAUGACUGUACCAAUCGAAUCCGGUAACAAUAAAAUACAUUAUAAUCAAAUUAUUUCAAAAAAUUUAUUAUGAUUGUACUAAAUUCAUAGAAUAAAUUAUAUUUGUCUCAAUAAAAUAUCAUCUUGUGAUCUU